CAGUAUGUGUAGAGACAGCAAAGAAUAGAUAUUCUUUGAGUUGAGUACAGACUAGACAGAGGCCUACUGUAGGCCUAUAUCAAGCGACGAAGAAGAGGUGCUUAGCUUUUAUGUGUGUUAUUAUCAAGUCACACGCUAUUAUUAUAGUACAGUAGUUGCCAUCUGUCAUCAAUCAAUGCUGCUUUAUGAUGAGUAACAACCAAGAAGCCUUGUACCAAUGGUGUUGUCACCAGCUUAUUGAUAUUCUCCAUCUAGAUUCACCUCAAGAUGUUGUCCAGUACCUUCUUUCAAUGGAAAGUGGGAUGGACCUCGAAGAUUACUUACAUGACCUACUAGACACCUCCAACCCAAAGCACAAAACUUUCAUCAGGGAACUUCUACGACGGUGGAAGAAAUUGAAAAAUUUAGAUGAUAGCAUUGAUGCACAGACAUUAAAUUCAAAAAUUGAACACCCUAAACCUUCAAACUCAGACAUCCCAGAGCAUACAACAGUAUAUAGAAAACCAGCCAAAGAAAAUGAUUUUGUUUCUGGCAGUAAUAGUAAUACAGGUCAUAAGGAGAAGAAUGAUCAGGUAGAAAGGCAGGAAGGUGAUUCUGUUCUAAAAUCCUACAAUAAGCAAGGUGCAAGGAAGAAACAAAAACAGAAAUUUGUUCAACUUUACAGCAGUGAGGGAGAAACAAAAGAUGUGAUUCACUUGCCAGGAAGGCAUCCUUGUGAAUGUCAAGCACAGAAACACACCCUGAUCAGUAACUGCUUAUCAUGUGGUAGAGUGGUUUGUGCCCAGGAGGGCUCGGGUCCUUGUUUAUUUUGUGGCACUUUAGUUUGUACAAGAGAAGAACAAGAAAUUUUAGCACGAAAUUCCAACAAAAGUGAAAAACUCAGGAAGAAGUUAUUAGGAGGAACGCAGCUUAGCAGCUAUAACAACAGUACUGAUUGUAAACAACAGUUAGCCAUAGAGAAAGCCAUAAAGACAAAAGACAGACUGAUAGAGUUUGACAGAACAAGCAUCAAGAGAACACAAAUUAUUGACGAUGAGUCUGAUUACUUUGCUACGGACACGAAUCAAUGGCUGAGUAAAAACGAACGAGAACUGUUGAGAAAACGUGAGACUGAGCUACGAGAACAACUACAUGGCUCGAGGUUAAACAAAAAGAUAACUUUAGAUUUUGCUGGGCGUAGAGUCGUUGAUUCAACAGAGAACGUCAAUAUGUAUGAUAAGGACGAUGCAAUUGUAAAAGCAGUUAACUUUGGAACAGAUUUACAGAAAUUUCAAAGUGAAUCACAAAAUAGAACUCACUUGAAUGAAUUGGUAAAUCCUACAAUAACAUCAAAACCACCCAAGUUUGUGUCAACUAGAGUAAAACCUCCAAAGCCAAUCUCAAACCAGUCAAAUGUUGAAUCGACCCGCAGCGGUCAGCGUAUACAGGACGUGGAGUUGCAGAAGAUGUCUGAUGAGGGCAACUGCCUCAGUAUGCAUCAACCAUGGGCCUCACUUUUUGUUCAAGGAAUUAAAAAACAUGAAGGUAGGACGUGGUACACCGCUCAUCGUGGACGACUGUGGAUAGCAGCGACAGCAAAAAUGCCAUCAAAAGAGGAAAUCUGUGAACUAGAAUCAUUUUAUAAAGACCUUUAUGAAGAAAUUGACUUGGGAUUUCCAGAUGCAUAUCCCACUUCUUGUCUCCUUGGAUGUGUUGAUGUUGUUGAUUGUUUAUCCCAAGAGCAGUACAGAGUUAGUUAUCCUGAUGGUGAAUCAUCUUCACCAUUUGUAAUCAUAGCUGAGAAUUUUCAAGAGUUGAUUGUAAGGUUUCCAAUCAAAGGAAAGCACAAAAUAUGGAAGCUAACAAACGAUGUUCAUUCAAGAGCCAAGAAAGGAUUGCGGAGUUUACCAAAGAUCUAAACAAAUUGCCCAAAACAGCAACUUUUAUACAACAACAGUUUUACAGUGCUAUAUUACUGUUACACAGGUUUUAGCCGAUGAUCCAAAUCUAAAUAUUAGCUUCUUAGCCAUGGACUAUCAACCACAGAGUAGAAUCUCUCUGAAAAGUGAUGGAAUAUGAUGUUAUUUUUUUUGGUGUAGUUUGAGUGAUUUACUCACUAAACGUUAAUUGAUGGACGGGGCACGUUCGGCAAUAUUAUUGAGGGCUUUCUAUGAUCGUUAGGCUUGAUCUACCCAUCAAACUUGCUCUUAAUUGUAAGUAGUUGUUUUAAAGCAAAUAUACUGACGAUUGCCGAGGUUGGGAUGCAUUGACUGAGUUCUGUCUUUGCUUUGACCGCCAUAGGUCAUCUUCAACUCUUGAAUUAACGCACCACGUUUCUUUUUCUUUGUCUAUAGCGUGUGCCAAUCAUUUCUCCACAUCACUCUUUCUCUCUAUGCCGCUUAACCUUUAGAUACAGCAUCUGUAUCAUCUCGAAUAGAACUAUCUAAUGAAGUUCUGUUAAACAUACACACACACCCCUUCCCACCAACCCCCCCACACACACACACACAUAUGUACAGUACAUAUAUACAUACAUACAUGACCAGAUGCCAGAUGGUUGAAACAGAUUUUUUAAAAUAGUCUAAUAUGUGUUUUUUAACAAAUAUUUUAUCUAUAUUUAUACUCCUAUUGGCUUGUUUUUGUGUAUACUGCCCCCAAUGAGGGCGUAGACACUAUGUCAUGAUGUAGCAAUUAAAGAUGGCGGAAAAGUGUAAUUCCGGUCUAGGCAUGAUGGGUACUACUACCACGAGGUAGCGGGUGCUCUAUUGACAAUUGAAUAGCUUUCGGAAUUCGAACAAAAUUGCGCUCGAAACUCGAACACGCGUUAUAGAGAUGCAGCACGCGUUCACCAUGAUCGCCUUUACCGUCAUUUGAAGGACAACCUCUAGAACAUGGUAGUACUAUUCAUGAUCAACGAUAUAACAUGGUAACUCCAAGAGUUACUCAUUUUUAAAGUGUUUUUUUUGUAAUGUAGGCCUAUACAGAAUAUUGUUAUGAAAGAAAAUUUUCAUGACAAAUCCAGAUACACUACAAUAAUACACACAUCUGCAUAUUGAAGAACAAUUAAAAAAAAAAAAUUAAAAACAAAACAAAAGGAGGCGCCUGAGUCCUGGGAUGGCCAAGACUCAACUGGUGCUGGGCAGGGUACAUUUUGAUUGAUCCCUGCUCAGAGACGAGGGCGUAUCCCCAUACUGCGGUUUGGGUGCUGGCUUGGAUUUUCUUUUUUAUUUUCCAGUUACAUCUGCUCACUUGUUCUACGCAUAGAGACUCUCGUAUUUUGCGCAAUAU